CGCAGUCUAUUGAUCAGUCAUAAAAGCUCGAGCGUUCGCGUUUGCGGCUGGUCGAGCAUGCGAGACCUGAGUGUGCCAUGUUUUUGGCAUGACGGUCUGACUGCAGAUUUGCAGCCUAUCUUGAGGUACAGAGCAAGGCAACUUUUGUGGGCAGCGGCUGCUUCACACGUCUGACGCAAAGAAUUAAAGCCCGUCGGCUUCUUUGAGAGAUACGACGGCGAGUCAGCACAAGAUCCAAAGCAUUCUGGACGAGAAAGCAGUCAGCCGUCACCACUCCCUCGUACGUGAUCGGACGAUUCGCUGCGCAUGUCUGAAAGGUGGCAAGCACAUCGAGAGCACUAUUGCCUCUGAAGCAUUCUGCCUCGUAGAUGCAGAUGCAUCUCUAUGAAGCUGUCCAGGGGAGGACGGCUAAGUGAGGGCUAGGUUGACACGAUGUGCGAUGAUACGUUUGAUCAGGCCUCAGGUAUCACGAUGGCCCCACAUGCCACAAGUGGGGCCCGCUCUCGAAUUUUUGAAGGUAAGGUGCAAGCAAAACGCAACAUCAGUAUGGCUUUCACACCGAGAGGAGCGCCCAGAGGUGCCCCGAGAGGCCGCGGCGGAUUCAGUGGUGGCAGAGGCGGCGGCUUCGCAUCUCGAGGCGGUGAUCGUGGUGGUCGUGGUGGCUCCCGUGGUGGUCGUGGAGCUCCCAGAGGUCGUGGUGGUCCGCCGGGCCGAGGCGGUCGUGGUGGUGCGCGAGGAGGCAGAGGAGGAGCCAAGUCAGGCGGUCCCGGCAAGGUCAUCAUCGAACCUCAUCGUCAUCCGGGAGUCUUCAUCGCAAAGGGCAAAGAGCAUCUUCUCGUCACUCGUAACCUCGUCCCCGGCGAGUCCGUCUAUGGCGAAAAACGCAUCACGGUUGAAGAGACUGUCGCAAAUCCUGCAGAGGGCAUGCCAGAUAAGAUCAAGAUAGAUCACAGAGUCUGGAACCCUUUCCGUAGCAAAUUGGGCGCAUCCAUCCUCGGCGGUCUUGACAAUAUACACAUCGCGCCAGGCAAAAAGGUCUUAUAUCUUGGGGCAGCAAGCGGGACAUCAGUCUCACACGUUGCCGAUAUUGUCGGCGAAAAAGGAAUGGUCUAUGCUGUCGAGUUCUCGCCGCGAAGUGGAAGAGACCUCAUCGCAAUGGCCAAGAAGCGUACAAAUGUGGUGCCAAUCGUCGAAGAUGCGAGGAUGCCCAAUCGCUACCGCUUCAUCGUGCCUAUGGUAGACGUUAUCUUUGCUGAUGUUGCACAGCCAGAUCAAUCACGAAUUUGCGCGCUGAACGCGCAUCACUUUUUGAAGAAUGGCGGACAUCUGCUCAUUUCUAUCAAAGCAAGCUGUAUCGACUCGACCGCCCCAGAGGAGGUCGUUUUUGCAUCCGAGGUCAAGAAGCUGCAAGCCGAGAUGUUCAAGCCUCUCGAGCAGCUCACACUCGAACCUUACGAGCGCGCUCAUGCGAUGGUCAGUGCGACGUACCUCCGCCAUAAAGCCUGAUAUUUGCUUUGAUGGCUGUCUUGUAGCAAGCAUGUACCAAUGAUAGUGCAUUCUGCAUUAUCGCAAAUGUUUUACGUCUGCGUCGAUGUGGCCCGCCCACAGAUCAACACAGACCUGCUUGCGCGUACCAGGCUCUUCAUAUGUCGGAAC